AUGAGCCUCGAUCCAGGCGGAUUCCCUAGAACCGACACCCCCGCAAGCUCCGAUAGCUCCCUCGCCCGCUCUCGCCUUCGCGCAAAUGAUGAUGAAGAACACUUGAGAAAAGACAAAAACUACCGGCGGUAUGCAACGACUGUCGAGCGGGCGUUGUCUCUGUUCGACACUACGUUGCAGGAAUGGGCCGAUUACAUUUCGUUCCUGAGUCGCCUUCUCAAGCCUCAUAAACAGGCGCUACAAUCCCAUCCUCCAGAGAUACCCGUCGUGCCGCAUAAGAUCACUGUCGCGAAGCGAUUGGCACAAUGUUUGAACCCAGCGCUGCCUUCCGGUGUACACCAGAAGGCUUUGGAGGUUUACACGUAUAUAUUUGGCUUGCUCAAGCCCCAAGGCCUCUCACAAGACCUACCCCUAUAUUUCCCAGGCGUUGCGCCAACCCUAACUUUUGCCUCCCUCUCAGUACGGCCGCUGUUCAUAUCUCUCCUAGAAACCUACCUCCCAGAACUAGAGCCGAUGACCAUACGCCCCGCCCUGAAGGCCAUAAUUCUAGCUUUGCUACCAGGUUUAGAGGAAGAAACGAGCGAUGAUUUUGAAGCAACUUUGCGUACUCUCAACAAGAUUCGCAGUCUAGCAAGUCAAAUGGAUACACGGAGAUCUAGCUUGAGCUUGGACUCUAAGGGCCAGUAUUUCUGGCAAUGCAUGUUUCUAGCCUCGAUAACAAAUCCUAGUCGACGGCUCGGUGUUCUAGCCUACCUUCAACGUCAUCUUCCCAAGCUAGGACUUAAGACCUCCGCUAGCUCAGAGAAAGAAGACGGCAACCUAAAUUCAACUGACUCAGAGGCUAUUGCGGAAUCUGUUAUUUCUCCUGAACCCGGAUUACUUAUUAGGUGUUUCGCCAGUGGUCUUACCGAUGACCAAUUGCUCGUGCAACGCAAUUUUCUCGACUUGUUAGUUACACAUCUGCCCCUGAACUCGCCGGUCCUCCAAUCAAGAAUUAGGCGUGAUGACCUAGAAAAGUUGAUCCUUGCCGCGGCUGGCGUUGUGCUUCGGCGAGACAUGAGCCUGAAUAGGCGGCUUUGGGCUUGGUUUCUCGGUCCAGGACCCAUGACUGCGUCGCCCAAUCCUAACGCAGAAAAGGGUCAAGAAACUUCAGUGGAUGGCCAGGAACAAUCGCAGUCCCGAUAUUUUAGUAAAUAUGGGCUGGAUUCCUUGGUCCGUGGUCUUUUGAACAUGAUCAAUCAAGACACCUCGCAACCAUCUGAAAGAAGUAGACCUCUGCGCAUUGCAUUAUCCCUCAUGGAUCGCUGGGAAGUGGGCGGUUUCGUUGUUCCUGCUGUUUUCCUUCCUAUCAUGCGCAGUGUGCAAUCAUUUGAAGGAACAGCUGACAAAUCGCAUUUUGAGGAAGUCUUUCGGAGCUCGAGUGCGUUCUUCGACGGUGUUGAAAGUAGCCUGAUUUUCUCGGAGCUGUUAUAUCUUGUUGGUAUGAACGCGAACGGACAGCAUGGGGACUUCGAAAAGCGAGACAACAACUUCAAGCUUGCUCAUUUUAUUCUCGCUAACUUCAAUGUCCGAGAAGAAGAAAUGCUACUCAUCCACAUUCCCCUGUUAACGCUGGCCAUAUUGGUUGAGUCCAACGAGAUCAUUCUGUUCAAUCGGCCCAAGUGGCGGCCAAGACAGAUCCAAACUUGCAUUCAACAUCUCUUCAAGUUACUCAAUUUGACACUAAACCUUCUACCGGAGCGAGCAUUCUUUGUUAAGGCUGCUUCAGAAGACUUAUCAACGGAUCCCCACGAUUUCGACAAUUUAACUCUUCUGAAAAAGGUCCAACAAUUUUACGAUCGCAGCAAGGAGAGCCUUGAAUUGCCGCUCCUCCCAUUCCCGCCUCAAAUCCUAUCCGACCUUAUAUUACGUGCAGCCUAUCGGUUGUCGAUGCCGGCUUUAGAAGACCCCCAUCACCAUCUAUCAGUCAAAGAGACUUUGAAUCUUCUAAUCAAUCUUUUGAAGAAGACGCCAAAAUCUCGAAUACUAGCCGACGGCCAUCUCAUCAAAGCUUUCCACAAAGUCCUAGAGAUUGACAACUCGCAACUCACGACACAGAGAUUUUCCGUUAUUUCCUCAGUCGCCUCAGUUAUCACUACUUUGUAUGGUACUCACAGUCCUGGCUUCUAUGUGACGUAUGAACAGCUAUGGGAUUUGUUGCCCGUCCUAGUUGGUCACCUCUGGACUUUUCUAUCCCCAGAAAGUCCCAAGUUUCAUGUGGAGGCCGUGCGUUGCAUCUGCUUAUUACAUUCUAUCACGUGGCAAGAUCACGCAGUGGAAGCCUCCAUUACCUCUCUAAUGGUUGGAGAAGAAUCCAUUGGUGCCCAAGUUUCUAGCAUUGAGCAUGUUGAGAAAUUUUGUGUUCUAUGGAUUCACAGCCUUCAAUGGAGCCAGGACUCCUCCCAAAUUCGUUCUUCUGAAGCCAAUUCGGUGAAUGGAAGAGUCCUUAUGGCGAACGAUCGUUCUGCGUAUCAUAUUUCCUUACUGAAACGCCCUUUAUUCAUAGUUUUGGAUUUGUUGUCUCAGAAGUCCGAAGAAGUCUCGCAAGUUGUUCGAGACUGGGUUCAGGAGAUGCCAUCUAUUCAGCGGGUUUUGCAUAUCCUUGUGUCUAGACUCGAAGAGCUUGUAAAUGUGGAAAGCGAUGGAGACAAGAAACAAGGCCUGGUUAAUCCUGACGAUCGAGGUGAAUGCCAGUAUCUACUUCAGACACUUUCCAAUCUUUUGUCAUGCCUUUCGCAGAAUGGAUGGAUUACCCUAGUGUCACAUUCCGCUACGCCGGUGGACCAUCCUCACGAAUCACCGGCUAAAGAAAAUACGCCUGAGCAAAAAAGCUUUCAGGUAACGAUUGCGGAAAUUACGCUCGCUCUAGUUAGCCCUGAAUCCCAAGCAAAUACCCAGUUCAAUGCAGAAGCGCAGAUAUUGCAACGCACAGCACUCUUGGUUCUUCGACAAUUGUUGUUAGGUCUCGGGGCCGAACAAAUUAUUGAUACCAACAUACAUAUCAUCCUCAUUGAGAAGCUGUCCAAUGCGCUCGAUCAAGACAGCAAUGUCCUUCAGAGCACUAUCAUCGAAACGCUUCUCGUAGCACUCAAAGCCAAAUUUGCUCAUAUCCUGCAACCUCCGCCGCCCGCCAGCGUCAAACAUAGAAGAGCAGGAUCAAGAGGGUCCUUGCGGAGUGCUUCCCUUUUGUCGCUGAGUUCAGACAGGGUUGAUAAGCUGCAUCAGCCGCCCGCUCUACCACAACCACCCGAGCAGCUACUGACAUGCCUUUUGAAGGCAAACGCCCAUGAGCGUCUGCAUGCCGAAGAAAUAACUACAGCAACCGUUCGGAGUCCUGAUAGUCACCAGACGUUCUUUGGGAACAUGGUGUCUAAUGUUUUUGUCUCUGACGGCGCGCCAGUGAGAAACGUUGCAAACGACAGACUAACGGUUUUGCUGUGCUUCCAAGACGCUGUUCGACUUUGCUUCUCUAUUUGGUCGUGGAGGGCGAACAGCAAGGGCAAGGUAUCUCUCGAUACAGAAUCAGUAGCCUCAUUCCAGUAUACUUCCUUGCGAAUGAGAAACCGGUCACGAGGCUUGUUGGAGCAUUUGUUCACCGCGGAAGCACUGGAGUCUCUUGAAACACUGGUGGAACUAUGGAGCAACCUGGGUCCCUCUGAAACGAGCAAAUCAUCUCACAUUUUCAACCUUUUACACACACUUGAUAGGGCUCGGCCUAAAGUUAUAAUUCCUGCCAUUUUCAAUUCCAUAUAUAGUCGGACCAAUCCUACCGCUCUGGAUCCAAGCCGCAAAUCAACUCUAGCCUCCAGCAUUACCGAGUCUGAAAUUGCAGCGUUCCUAGUCACAUAUGCCAGGUCACUCGACGAUGAUGUCCUGGACGAGAUCUGGGGAGAUUGCACCACCUUCUUGCGUGAUGUUCUGACCAACCCUUUUCCUCACCGGCAGAUACUGUCUCGUCUUGUUGAAUUCGCUGGCAUUCUUGGCGCGAAGAUGGAAAACACAAGCUUCGGCGACGACCGCCGUAUGAGGAAAGACCUCGGGGACCUGCUGCUGCGUCUCUUGGCGGCUAUAUUCACCAGCAAACCCAUGGGAUUGUCCCAAGAUUCAGGAAUGUCAGGAAGACCAUCAACUGACCCUGAGGGCUCAUCGACACCGCACGCCAGUCCAGAUAAUAUGCUGAGUAUUCUUACUAUGUCAUUACCAGCGUUCCUGACUGCUCUAGGUGAGACAGAUCGCAUUACCAAUGUAAUUUCCAGCAUCUCUACGAAUGUAAUCUCUCCAACGCUGCGGUCACGACUCUUUCCGAACAAUGUGAACCAAACGGUGCUUGAUUUACUUCAGCAGAUCUCGAAAAUAUCUGCAAGCUCCAAGGUGUGGAAAAAGGAUAUCGGUGAUGCCUUCAAUGAUGUCAGAUUUUUUGGGUCUCGUGUCGAUUUGGUGAAAAGCGGAUGGAUGAGCCUAUUGCGGCAAUGGGUUCUUGUAGAUAAGGAACGUUUCCCUGAGCUAUUGUCACGGGUAACGCCUCCUGCAACGGCUGGGAUCAUGUUUGGAGUUGGGGCUUCUGCAGCCAGACUGGAAGCUGAUCGCAAAACACAGCUGAACCUGCGUCGAAUCGCCCUCCUGAUUCUGUCAAAUGGUGAGGAUCAGUUCAUUUUAGACUACCCGGCUCUGUUGCAAAGGCUCGAAGACCUUCUACAGGCUACACAUAUCUCGUCACCAUCCUCGGUCACAAGAGCAGAAUUAUUUAUGGUUCUCCGAGCCGUCGCAUUACGGACUUCGACAACUCACAUGGCCCCGUUCUGGCCUCUCAUCAACACAGAAUUACAGGAAGCCAUCUCCGCAGUACCCCAACACCAAGAGUCAGAUCUUUACGGGCCUUAUGCACUUCUUCAAGCGUCCAAGCUUUUAGACACAUUACUUCUCCUGGUUCCCGAUGACUUCCAGUUACAGGAAUGGCUCUUCGUGACCGACACAAUCGACGCGAUCUACCCUCCAGGCCGAUGGGAGCCCAUCGCUCUUGCAGACGAGAUAUCUCGAACGCUAGGCUCCCGAGACGCUGUCUCACCUCUACCUGGAGAUUUGAGUGACAAAGAAAGGCUUAAUAAGCCCUCCUUGAGUUCAGAUUUCAUCCGAGAAACGCCGAAAGACGAGGUUGUUGAUCGGAUUCUGAAGCCAUUCUUUAAACGGAUCAGCAUCCAGGCCUUUGAAAGCACUUACAGUAUGGGCAGUCCUGAUAUCGAGGCAUGUGUGGAUGAUCUGCUAGCGGAUCUUUUCAAUGAAAGCACCAUGGCAAGUUGA